AUGGAUUCUGUAGGAUCACUUGUUGAUACCAAUUUAGAUUUACCCGUCAAAUAAUUUACUUGAUUAUCUUAAAAGUAUACCCAUCACUGAUGAUGUACCUAUAAAUAUUGGAAAACUGGUUAAGGGAAGAGAUUACGAAGCAAAACAUAAAAGAGCCGAAGAUGGUAAUGAGAUAGUUCCAGUACAUUUAAACGCCACUGAUAUUGAAAAUUUAAACAAAAUAAAAGCUAUAAUGAAAGUGGAUGAUGAAGUUAAAGAAGAAGAACAAGAUAAUGUUGAUGAGGAACCUAAGAACGAUAACAUAGAUAAUGACAAACAAAGUACAAUUUCUGAACAAACAAAUUCUGAAGAACAAGCAUUAGAUGAAAGUAAACUAAAUAAAGAAAGGAUAAGAUAGAAGAAGAAGAAUUGUUCUUAUUAACUUCUGAUAUAGACUGGCUUUACACUUACCUUCAAAAACAAAGAAAAGCAAAAUCAGAUGGUGAUAAAGAUGUCCCAUACUUAAAUGCUUUGUUACAAGGUUCAACUGUGGAAACAGCAGAAAACCAAGUACUUCCAAGAGAUCCUGUACUUGAGGCAAGAUGUGUCAAAUUGAGGGCUCAACAAGAAGCAAGAGAAUACAGAAAGAUGACGAAAUCUGUUGAUAAUGUUAGAAUGAAUUUUCCAGAAGAUAGUAUCUCUUAUCAAUUGAAACAAAUGAAUCGCCAGUUGAUUGCCAUUGGACAGUUCAUCAUAUCAAUAUUUGCUGGAUUCUUGUUUGGAUUCAGAGGGGUCGAGUGGCUUGUGGGCAAUCUAGAUUUUGGAUUUAGACUAUUACUAGGUGUUAUCUGUGCCUUAGUAAUAGCUCUAGCAGAAAUAUACUUCCUGGCGAAAAAGUUGAAUGAAGAGUUGAAUGUUCCAGAAACUGUACAAUUAGGUGGUCCUCCUAAGUUUGGAGAAUCAACAAAUUCACAAUAUUAUGUACCACGAUCGACUCGCGCUAUAGAGAAAGAGCAUCAGGAUUAG